UGGUAAACUGGUGGGUGGAGAAGGGGGGGGCAGAGUGAGAGAAGCUUUUUGUUGGUUAACCAUGGCAGGCAUUGCUAGGUUAUCAAGUUUAUUUGGAGCUUUAAAUUGUGGAUCGAAGAGGAUUUUCAAUGGAGCUCUUCUUAAUUCAUCAACUCCAGAGAAAACGAAGCAAUUGUUGACACCGUUGGCAGCUGGUUAUAAAACUUAUUUGCCAUGGAUGCCCCGACCUCGGCCACAGCCGCUUCAGGAGCCGGAGGUCACUCCAGAGGAGGAAAAGUUGAUAGACGCAAUAACACAAAAAAUCAAUAAUCAGCUGGAGACCGGGAACACGAGUCGAUUAUUCGCAAUUGUCCAAAUUGCUGGGAAGCAAUUCAAAGUCACUGAAAGUGAUUUAAUAAUAAUCCAAGGGUACUGGCCUCCCAGUCCUGGAGAUCAGUUGAAACUUGAGAAAGUCCUUCUCGUUGGUGGGACCGAUUUCACUCUCGUUGGGAGACCACUUGUGAAUCGAGAAUUGGCGAGUGUCGAUGCCACUGUCAUUGAGAAAACUAUGUCACAUACGAAAACAGAGUUUAGAAUGAGAAAGAGAAAGCAGUAUCGCCGUAUUCAUUUUCGAAGAGUGCAGCACACAAUCUUGAGGAUAAACUCUAUAAACAUCAACAGAGCAAUUGACAAAAAACCAGAGGUGGAAGGAUUGGAUAGAAUAUUUUGAACAUUCUGUAAAUAACAAAAUUUAAUUGAUUAAAUAUGAUAUUACAAA